GGCCUGUAGAAGAAAAACGAAAAGAGUAAAAGAACAAAAGAACCUCCAGCAGAAGGAAGUGGCUAUGGUUUUCUUCUAUGCACUAGAGCUGGGGGUGGGGAGGAUUUCUACAAGCAUUCUAUGCUGGGCAGGUUCAUGUAAGUCUGAGUUCCUGAAGGGUUGGCUCUUAGGAGCUGUUAGGAAAAUUCAUUGCCAUGCACGAGUCAGGGGACUGUUUUUUAUUCCACCGGAAAUUGUUAAUGGGGACUGCAUUAGUGGCCCCUUAUUGUUCUGCCUGAUGGAGAGACAGCAGGUUCACCCAAGCAGUUCUGGAACCCUGAUCGCUGCCAAUUAGGGGAGUAUUGUCUGGCUGACAUAAUCAACUUCACAUCACAACAUGGAAGCCAUUGCCAAGUUUGACUUCACCGCCUCCGGCGAGGAUGAGCUGAGCUUUCACACCGGAGAUGUUCUGAAGAUCUUAAGUAACCAAGAGGAGUGGUUCAAGGCGGAGCUUGGGAGCCAAGAAGGAUAUGUGCCCAAGAAUUUUAUAGACAUCCAGUUUCCUGAAUGGUUUCACGAAGGCCUCUCCCGACACCAGGCAGAGAACUUACUGAUGGGCAAGGAGGUUGGUUUCUUCAUCAUCCGGGCCAGCCAGAGCUCCCCAGGGGACUUCUCCAUCUCCGUCAGGCAUGAGGAUGAUGUUCAGCACUUCAAGGUCAUGAGAGACACCAAGGGUAAUUACUUCCUGUGGACAGAGAAGUUUCCAUCUCUAAAUAAGCUGGUGGACUACUACAGGACGACCUCCAUCUCCAAACAGAAGCAGAUCUUUCUGAGGGAUAGAACCCGAGAGGAUCAGGGUCACCGGGGCAACAGCCUGGACCGGAGGCCCCAGGGAGGCCCACACCUCAGCGGGCCUGGGGGAGAAGAAAUCCGGCCGUCGAUGAACCGGAAGCUGUCGGAUCAUCCAGCGCCCCCUCCCUCACAGUACCCCCCGGCACCGCCACAGCAGCAGCGCUAUCUACAGCACCCCCACUUUCAUCAGGAACGCCGGGGAACCAGCCUUGACAUAAACGACGGGCACUGUGGCGUGGGCAUGGCCAGCGAAAUGAACGCCGCCCUCAUGCACCGGAGACACACAGACCCAGUUCAGCUCCAAGUGGCCGGGAGCCUCCUCCGUGUGACCGUGGCUCCCAAGGCCAGCCCGGCCGCCCUGGCUCGGCAGGACCCCUCUGUGUUUCCCCGACAGCGAGUGCGGUGGGCCCGGGCGCUGUACGACUUCGAGGCCCUUGAGGACGACGAACUGGGCUUCCGCUGCGGAGAGGUGGUGGAGGUGCUGGACAGCUCCAACCCGUCCUGGUGGACCGGCCGCCUGCACGACAAGCUUGGCCUCUUCCCCGCCAACUACGUGGCCCCCAUGAUGCGAUGAGCCCCUUCCGGUGGGGCCCGAGGCUUUCGUCUGAAGCUGCCUGCAAGAGAGGGGGCAGGGGAGAACAGCUGGAACUACGUGUACAUCCGUGUAUAUGCGUGUGCACACACACGCGCCUAUGUGUACGUGCAUUCGAUAAUAGUAAUUUAUUGGCGAUGCGGUCGGUUCAUUAGUUGAUAUGAAAGGAAGUCAGGUGGAGAAUUCUAUUCGUACUUGUUUUUCUGCUCUCCCCUCAGCGGGUGUGUGGAAGGCAGGGGGGAAAGUUGGGGUGGGGGGGGGCAGAGACAUGAAACCGAAGUUCUUCCUGUCCUUAAGAUGGCACCGCUUCCUCCUGGUCUUGGGACUUUCACGGAGACUAGCCGAGCAGAGAUCCACAUCCCGGCGUUGGACGCAGAACAACAGGGUGGAGCCGGACUCGGUGGGGCCACGUUUCGGCUUUCCCUCCGAGCCCCGCUCCCCUUGAGGUUUUGCAGGGCAACGUCCCUCCUGUGCGACCAGGGUGGGCACUGCUGGGUUGAGACCAGAGGAGCAGCCACACGGGACUGGAGCAGCGUGUGCCUGGAGGCCUGGGCGAGGCUGGCCUCCUGCCCCAUGCUCAGCGGAGACCUUCGCCUCCCUCGCCGGAGUGCUCCUCAGCCCUGAGAAACAGAGACCGUGAGGAGCCCAGCACUGGCAAAUGGCGGGUUUUUCACAAAUCCCCAGUGGCUUGCUUGGGUGUCACCUCUAUUUCCCCGGAUACCAAGAAAGCAGCAUCUGACAUUCUGUAAAGUGCUCGGAGAAGCCCUGGCUGAGAAUGCGGGACUUUAAAGCCAUUGUUUUAUGACUCCCAGGGUGUCUCUUUGGGUCUCUAUUGGUUUUCCGUUGUCCUGAGGAUGCUCUGCCCAGUGGCAGAGAGGGAAGCCCACUCCACAAGAGCACUGACUAGCAAUUGUUGAUUGGUUGACUGAUUGACUGAACUUGACCCUGGGAGGGAGCCGGCUUUGACGGGAGCUUCCUGUUGGAUCUGGCCGUAGAGUCAUUGCUGGCAUCCUCUCUCCAGCCUCGACCCAAAGCUGCACCUGGGGAGGGGACCCCAUUGCCCCUGUCUCUCCUGCCACCUCAAAAUAGAAUUAUGUUUCCUUGGGCUCAGCUGGGGGUGUGGAGCACAGGCUGGCCUGGCUGGGGAGAAGGGACCCUGGAGAAGGAAACAGUGUUUUGGCGGAGACUGGGAGCAAACACAUCUGCGCCGAGAGACCUGAGAAGAGGGUGUGUGUGUGUGUGAUGAGGCCUAAGUGACAGGCCGGGUGCAUGUGUUGGUGAGGGAGAAUGAUGGGGGGUGAGGUGUGCCUGCUCCUUUGUCUUCUUCCCCAACCCUUCUUGCUCUAAGGAGUGACGGGGGCAGCCGUUAUCGGGGGUGAAAGGAGAAGAAGAAAGAGUGUCUGGCUCAGAAGCAACUGUCGGGGUAACAUGGGCUGCGUCCCUUUGACUCUGAAUGCUACGAUUCUGCGAUCCCUCUGUUGUCUUUAGAGAAAAAGGGGAAAAGAAGGCACUCCACGGCGAGUCUUGGAAGGGAAGAGAAAAUAGCCUGAGAGAGGCAGGGGGAGUCAGGUGACGGUAAGGAACAUCUGGCUCGCAGCCUUUAGAAAUCAAAGAACAGAAAGGAAAAGGUAGCAGAGAUGUUUCAAAAGAUCAAGGAGCAGCGUGAGACACAAAGGGAGGGAAAGGGAGCAAGAUGGUAAGUGGGACAGGCGAGGAAGACGUUGGAGUAGAGUCAGCAGGCCGGCCGGCGGCUGACAACCAGGGGAAGGAGGGAUCCAGCAGGUGGGGAAGGAGGAGUUACAGCAGAGCCGUGAACGCCACGGAAGGCAGGGACCAAGACACCACAGGAACGAAGAGGAACGAACAGGAAGAAAAGCAAGGCAGAGAAGACCUAAAAGCUAUUUUGGUGCUAGGUAAUGCGAACAUGUUACAGUAAAUAAAAGCCAAAAGUGA